AUGAACCCAUUUUUGUGCUUGCGUGAAAGUGUGACCUUCCUGCAGAGGUUGGUGGAACUGUCGUCGGAACGAGAAGGAGCGCCAACGGUUUCGUUCCCACUAUCACUCAUUCAGGCGAUGGACCAGGCGUAUGGCCUGACCAAGACGGGCAACUCGGAGGUCCGCUUCUGCUGGCACAAGCUGUGCCUGAGAGCGAAGGCCCUCUUCAUCGUCCCCCAUGUCUUGGACUUCGUCACGUCGAUGGGGCGCAUGAAGUUCACUCGGCCUCUGUACCGAGAGCUUUUCGCGUUAGACGGGGACACCAGGGUGACGGCCGUGAACACGUUCAAGGAGCGGGCAUCUUUCUAUCACCCCAUUUGCCGAUCAAUGGUUGCCAAAGACAUGAUGGUGGAACUAGACGAGGGCCGGCGCACCCCCAAGCGAUCAACGUCCUUGGCCUCCCUCAGCAUGAUGUCGCGCACCAGCAGCGAUGUCAACUUCGGUACCGCCGGAGGCGCGGCGGCGGCAACAGCGGCGGCAGCCAGCGGCGCAGCCGCUUUUUUGAGGGAUUUCCCGGGUCAAGGAGCAAGAGGCGGAGACACGGGCAAUAGUGGUGACGCGAAGAAAAGGAAGGCAAUAGCUGGGGCGGCGAUUGUGAUCGUGAUGGUUUCGACGAUGGUGCUGGUUUUCCGCCGCAGGAGAGGGUAG